UCAUAGUUUCCACGAUCCUAUUGAUUCUUAUAUAUAUCAGUGCCUUCCUUCAACAGCAUCCGCUUGCUACCUCGUGCUUUGUCAGUGAAACUCCAAGUACCGAAGCAUCUUGACCAUGGGCUCUUACGAACCUGCCGGGGUGCCUAUCCUCGACAUUCGAAGCGACAAGUCAGAUCAGUCACUAUUAGGGACUCUUCGUCAGUCUCUGAAUCCCACUAAGGGCGGACCGCGCACCUUCCCGACUUUGUUGCUUUAUGAUGAGCAAGGCUUGAAGCUGUUUGAAGACAUUACAUAUUUGGAUCAAUACUACUUGACCAAUGCUGAAAUCGAGACUCUCAACACUCACGCCAAUGCCAUCGCCGCACGCCUCCCCGAGCAUGCUCGUCUUGUGGAACUUGGAAGCGGGAAUCUCCGCAAGAUCGACAUUCUCUUAAAGGCCUUCGAAAAGGCCAAGAAGCCGGUCGAAUACUACGCCUUGGACCUUUCUCUGCCAGAGUUAAAGCGAACGUUCUCUGAAAUUGACACGAACACAUAUCAAUAUGUGACAUUCCACGCAUUGCACGGCACAUAUGAUGACGCCCUUUCCUGGCUGCCACGGUCCCGUAACCACGGCCAGACCACCUGUGUCAUGACCAUGGGUUCUUCCCUGGGCAAUUUUAGCAGAGAAGGCGCCGCUGAGUUUCUGGCGAACUUCAAAAAUGUCCUCGCCAACCCAGAUUCCCUGCUGGUUGGACUUGAUGGAUGUCAGAAUGCCGAAAAGGUGUUCCAUGCCUACAACGACGAUCCAGGUACCACCGAGAAGUUUUACCGGAAUGGGCUGUCACAUGCCAACGACAUCAUUGGCUACGAAGCAUUUAGGCAGGAUGAGUGGGGGAUCGAAGGGCUGUACGUCGAGGAACAGAACAAACAUCAAGCCUCAUACGUCGCUUUGAAAGACAUCAAGACUCCUGACUUUACUUUCGAAAAGGGAGAGAAGAUCCAUCUGGAGGACGCAUUCAAAUAUUCCGUUGCAGAAACUGAUCAGCUUUGGCACGCUGCAGGCCUCAUCCCACAAAUGGCUUACGCUAACAAGAGCAACGAUUAUUUCCUUCAUCUCCUUUCUCCCGCCAACAUCAACUUCCCGACCCGGCCAGAGGAGUUUGCGGCGAGGCCUGUGCCGUCCCUAAACGAUUGGCAACAACUCUGGGCUGCCUGGGAUGUCGUCACCAAAUCCAUGGUCCCCAGAGACGAAUUAUUGAACAAGCCCAUCCAAUUGCGGAACGACUUGAUCUUCUAUCUCGGUCAUAUACCAACAUUCGCGGACAUCCAUGUCACUAAGGCUAUUGGUGGAAAGCCAACAGAUCCGGCUUCCUACUGGUCCAUCUUUGAGCGAGGAAUCGAUCCAGAUGUGGACAAUCCCGAGGUCUGCCACGAUCACAGCGAAAUUCCAGACAGUUGGCCACCAUUGGAAGAUAUCCUGAACUAUCAGCACCGUGUCCGCGCCAGGAUUUCCCAAAAGAUCAAUUCCGGCGAAGCGUUCACAGACCGCGGACUCGGCAGACGACUAUGGCUCGCUUACGAACAUGAAGCCAUGCACCUGGAGACUUUCCUGUACAUGCUUCUCCAGAGCGAGCGGGUUCUCCCACCACCAGGGCGAGAAGUGCCAGACUUCAAAGCCCUAGCAGCCGAAGCCCAGUCCAAGCGUACGGAGAACAAAUGGCACGCCAUUCCCGCUGGUAAAGUCAACAUCGGCCUUGACGACCCAGAAAACAACGACGGUCCUGACAGGUACUUUGGCUGGGACAAUGAACGACCAUCUCGCAUCGUCGCGGUCAAGGAGUUCGAAGCACAAAGUCGACCCAUCAGCAACGGCGAAUAUGCUCGCUUCUUGGAAGUCACCCAUCAGACUUCCUUCCCUGCGUCGUGGACUACCACUACCACCAGCGCGACGAAGACCGGUGCCCAUUCGAACGGCACAAACGGCCACUCGAGCGGUUCUGGAGCCGUAGCCAGCCCAGCUUGGAUCGAAGGCAAGGCCGUUCGAACAGUCUACGGCUUAAUUCCGCUCAAAUACGCGCUCGACUGGCCCGUUAUGGCAUCCUACAACGAACUCGCUUCCUACGCAGAGUGGUCUAACGGGCGUAUUCCGACGCUGGAAGAAGCACGCAGUCUGUACAAAUAUGUCCAAGACCAACAAGCAACGACCAUGGAGAAAGUCCCCAGCGGAUUGAUCUCCGCAGUCAACGGACAUCUGUCGAACGAAGGCGUAACAGAGACACCGCCAUCCAACGGUUCCUCUAACGCCGCUGUUGCUGCCACCAGCAGUAGCAGUAGCGACGACAGUAGAUUAGACCCAGACCCGCGCUCUCUUUUCAUCGACAUGCAGGAUGCCAACAUCGCCUUCCGCAAUUGGCACCCAACCCCCGUCACCGACAGCGCCCGUCUCCGCGGCCAAGCCGACGUUGGUGGGUUGUGGGAGUGGACUAGCACUUCUCUGGCUGCGCACGAAGGAUUCCAAGCGAUGGACUUGUACCCGGGGUAUACUGCCGAUUUCUUCGAUGACAAGCACAAUAUCUGUCUCGGCGGUAGUUGGGCGACUGUGCCGAGAAUCGCGCUCAGAAAGACCUUUGUGAACUGGUACCAGAGGAAUUAUCCUUAUGUGUGGUGCACAGCUCGGCUGGUUCGUGAUGAGUCUGUCGCGAACUAGGGCCAGCCAGCGGACCGGGACUCGCAAUGUGCGGGUGUGCGGGAAGAUGAAACGGCCAGAGAGCAAAUCAGCCUACACGCCGUACAGUACAGCCACAUUGGACGGAAGCGAAGCCGGACUUGCCUUGGAAUUGUUGAUGGAAGUUGAGUUUGACUUCCACGAGUAAUGAAACAUGACAUGUACACGCUCAUUAUAUACACGCAAUGCAUAUCUGGUAUUUUCAAA